AGUCAACUGAUUGACUAUUUUAACAUUAAAAUCAGGUAGUAAAAAUAUGCCUCCGCGACAAAGGUCACCACAGAAAAACAGCAAAACAAAGCCUUCUCCGAAAUCCAAUAAUUUAGCUAAUCAAUCGGGUGAAAAAUCGUAUCCUGUUUGGAGUAUAAGCAAGCAUGUGAUACUGAAGUUGCUCAAGACAGUUGCCACAGUAACGCUGGUGUUCUAUGUUGUCAUCCCGGUGUUUGUGAAGACUAAUCCAUGGAUACAGAACAAAGUCAUCUUCCUCAAUCACUUGCGCUGGCCCCCUUUCAUAGACUACUCAGAGGCAGAGAUCAUUGUUCAGUGGCCCACCAGAAACUUCCACAUCACGACAGACCAGAACAUCAAACUUGGUCUCUGGCACAUUUUGCCAGAAAGUCUUCGAGUUUUGAAUCUUUCCCCGGACAGCUAUGAGGCACAACUGACCGACUCUAAACCCAUCAUUCUGUACCUGCAUGGAAACUCUGGCUCCAGGGCUGGGUGGCACAGGGUGGGUCUGUACAAGGUGCUUGCUAAGAUGGACUUCCACGUCAUAGCAGUGGACUACAGAGGUUAUGGAGACUCGUCUGGCAGUCCCUCAGAGGAUGGUGUGGUGGCGGAUGCCUUGUUUGUGUAUCGCUGGCUGAGGGAGAGGCAGGGCAGGUCACCACUCUACAUCUGGGGACACUCCUUAGGCACUGGAGUUUCAACAAAGUUGGCCAGAAUUAUUAGCAGAAGUGGUGAGGCUCCAGACGGGGUGAUUCUCGAGUCUGGGUUUAACAACAUUUUAGAUGCUGCUAAAUACCACCCAUUAGCUUCGCCAUUCAAGAUGAUCCCUUGGUUCAACUGGCUCUUCCUGGAUACAAUCACUGCCAACGACAUCCACUUUCAGAGUGACCAGAGCAUUGCCGAUGUAACACCACCAUUGUUGAUGCUGCAUGCUGAAGACGAUGUCAUUGUGCCCUUCCAUCUCGGGGUGAAGCUGUACGAGGCAGCCGUGACAUCCCGUCCAGACUCCUUCGGGGCAGCUCAGUUUGUUCCCUUCAAUGCCAGUCUUGGCUAUGGGCACAAGCUGAUCUUCAUGGCCCCAGAGCUACCAGAUAUUAUCAGGAAGUUCAUGACAAGAUGUGAGAACAAACAGAAUUGACCAUGUGAUAGAAAAUAGACCAUAAGAACAAACAGAUUUGACCAUGUGAUAGAAAAUAGACUUUGAGAACAAACAGAAUUGACCAUGUGAUAGAAAAUAGACCAUAAGAACAAACAGAUUUGACCAUGUGAUAGAAAAUAGACUCUGAAAACAAACAGAAUUGACCAUGUGAUAGAUAAUAGACUCUGGGGAUAAACAGAUUUGACCAUGUGAUAGAAAAUAGACUUUGUGAACUAACAGAUUUGACCAUUUGAUAGAAAAUAGACGCUGAGAAUAUCAUGUGAUAGGAAAUAGAAAGUUUAAACGGCUUUGUAUUUGCUCAGGAAUUUGGUAAUAUUUUUGUUUUAAUAUUUAAUGUUGUUGUUUUUCUUGUUUAAUAAUCAAUUGUUUAAUUUCUUUAGACUGGCUGGCUGAUAUGAGCCUGUCUAUAUAUUUUGAUUUUACCAUCCUUGAAACAAGUUUUUUAGCAUAUCAAUGGCAUACCGGUAAUUUUUUAUGUAGUUAAUUCAGUCAAUACUUGUCAGGUAAGAUGCUACAAUAUACAUGCUUGUAAAACAUGAUACAUGAAAUUAGUAUUACCAUUUGUAUAUCACAAUAUGGAUCUGUUAUUGUGUGUGUCUAAUGUAUAUAUAUAA